AUGUCGUCGUUGUCAUCGUCAUCUCAAACACAAAGAUACAAUCUUCGCAAAAGGAAACGUGUGGACUUAUCAUCGUCAUCACAAGCACAAACAUAUAAUUUUCGAAAAAGGGAAUAUGUGGGCUAUAAUUGUGGUCGGAAUGUCCUAUACAUUGUAUAUAAUUACUUCAUAAUGGCACAAAUGGCGUCUGAAAAUCUAAUAUUUUCAUCAUUUUUACCAUUAACUAAAGAAAGUUCAUUUCAACUUGCAAAGAGAAUUUCAAAUGGAUUGCGGCCUGAAAUACCAAAAAAUCCACCACAAUGCUAUAAAGAUCAGAUGAAUCAAUGUUGGGAUCAUAAUCCAGAAUAA